CAAAUGUCCGCCACAAAAUUCCAGAAUUUUUUAACAACGGUUUGUAGGUGAUGCAUUAGAAAAUAAUUGAAAACGUUGGUUUAAAGCACAGGCUAGUUUAAACACCGAUAUCGGUUUGUUGGCACUGGCAGGCCGCUUAUAAAAUAGCUGGCAGACACUACACUGUGACUAUAACCGUGCACAUAAACGAAGCUCGGUGAACAAACUACACCUAUCUGCAUCUUGACAUCAAUACUGAUAAUCUCAGUUGCGCCAAAAAGAAGAUUGAGAAUUUCCCUGGCAGAACUAGUAUCAGAGACAUUUGCGGCACAAUCGCAGAUCCUACCUCACACUACCAACGUCAGAACCCUUGGUUGACGUGCAAUGCAACCUACAGACACCGUUCGCGUAAUUGUGUUGCGUUGUCUUUGCUAAAUGACAGCCCACGAGCCUGACUUCCAUAACUGGGUAUAGAACGCUGAUCUCUCCUCGUUAAACGAAUUGGUUGUGAUUGAAUUAUUGCUCUAGAAUGCAAAAGAACGUGCGAGACAACUGCCGGCGUGUUCUAGUCGUGCUGCACACCUCCACUUGACGCCUGGGCAGUGAAUGCUUAGUGGUUGCGAUGCAAUUAAGCUUGUUUUGGUGGCGCGCUAAUUCGCUGCCCAGGCGCCUGUUGCAUCGUGACCUUCUAUUUUCGGCCAUCCACCACAUCGCCAGCGGAGCAACCCUCCCAGCGUUGGCUUGGGUGCUGUACCGUUCUGCGGGAAAAUUCGAGGUGCAUGCCACCGAUAUGCAAAGGCCAAGACCGAAGCAAUACCGGUGCGGCAACAGUCCGAGCCAAGGCCUUCCGCCCGCCGUCUAUAAGUACUUGGGAUGAACACUACCUCGCUGGCCUUCUCUAGCAUCGCGCCAUAAGCCUAGGAUCAAUCGUCAUGAAGCUUCUUCAAACGUUACUAUUGGCAGGAGCCGCAACCCAGGCAUUUGGAAACGAGCUCCUCACUGUGGACAAGUUGGAGAACGAUGUUACCGAAACAGAACUACGACGAAUCCUUUCCAGUUUGAACAAGAUUGGUCGCGACAAUGGUGGCAACAGAGCCUUUGGGCUUCCUGGAUACAAUGCGUCCAUGGACUAUGUCCUUGAACGCGCUGUCAAGAGAUUCGGAAAGCAUAUGGAUACAUAUGUCCAAAAGUUCACUCAUGUGUUUGAACAGACAAACCGAAUCGAGCUCAACGAGGUCGACAAGGAACCUGUCGAGGCUGUCAGCAUGCGAUACAAUAUCCCCACUGCUCUACCAGAUGGUGUGACGGGCAAGCUUGUCGGUUUGCCAGUGGAUGAUACCCGUGGUUCCGGAUGCUUAGCUGAACAAUGGGAUGGCAUCGACGUCAAGGGCAAAAUUGUUCUCGUUAAACGUGGACAAUGCAAUAUUGCGGACAAAGUCAUGCACGCCAAAACGCGUGGCGCGAAAGCGUUUAUCCUCUACAACAAUGUGGACGGACCCCCCGUUCGAUCUAGCCUGGGGCUUGAUUCCCAAGGUCGUGUCGUACCCUCAGUCAGCACUACUAUGGCUCUGGGUAAUGAAUGGCAGAAACGCAUGGCCACCGGCGAGGAGAUGGAGGUUCAGGUCGUGGUCGAUACCCUCGUCGAGAAUCGUGACUCGUGGAACAUCAUCUCAGAGACCAAAGAAGGUGACCCAAACAAUGUUGUCAUGCUUGGAGCCCAUCUAGACAGUGUCCAAGCAGGUCCUGGUGUCAACGACGACGGUAGUGGAACUGCUGCUCUUCUUACCAUCAUGGGCUCUAUCAAAAAAUACAAAGGCUUUCCCAACAAAGUCCGCUUUGCCUGGUGGGGAGCAGAAGAGAGUGGCUUGAUUGGCUCAUUGUAUUAUGGUUCCAAGCUCACAACUGAGGAAGCGGAUAACAUCCGCUUCUACUUCAACUUCGACAUGAUCGGGUCACCUGCUCCGUUCUACAAGGUCUACGCAGACAGCGAAGAUCACAAAUACGGCGGUAAAUUCCUUUUCGACCACUUGGUUAAGAAUGGAAAGCAGGCAGAGUAUGCUAAAUUUGGCUCAUCAUCCGACUAUGUCGCCUUCCUGAAGUUGGGCAUUCCCUCAUCUGGCAUCUUCACUGGCGCUGGUAUUCCUUGGGAUCCGAAUUACCACACUAUCGACGAUGAUAUCGACAACAUCGACUGGGAUGCUAUGGUUUUAAACUCCAAGGCGGCCGCACGCGCAAUUGGUGAGCUAGCGCUGAGCCUUGAAGGCGUUCCACCACGAAAGAAGACCUCGCCCAACCCACGAAGCAGGAAGAGUAUUGCCCGAGCGUUCCAAAGCUGGUCUGAGACGGUUCGUGUUGCCGAAAAGGUACAUACUUGUGGCGGGCAAGAGAACAUCAUGAUCUAGGUGAUGCAUAUUCCAAUCAACGUAUAUAUGCAUGUUUCUUUAUAUGGAGAGCGAGGUGUUGUGGUGUGAUGUGGCAUAGGUGAGAUCUUGAUUAACAGUGUCUUUUAAAU